GGAGACUUAUUCGAUCAAAUGCCAUCGAGAUCUUGCGCAGCCACCAACCUGAAAAGAGUCCUUCGACUUCAACACCUACCAAACAGCCAGUCGCCAACGAUAAGAUGCAAAGUUCUUAUUCUCCCACCUCUUCUCCCUCUGUCGACACUUCCAUCGAUCUGUCUUUGAGACCAAACAGUAAAGCUGCCUGUACGGUUGCAGUUACGGGAGAAGAAGACGAUGAGGCUGACAUCGAUCAGCAGCUGAGGGAUACCAUGGAAGCAGUCCUCAGCCCCACAAGAGCUUUCAGCGGAGGCAGCAAGACAACAGUUGCACCUACUCGCGAGAUGUGUAUGCAUGCCAAGUCCAUGCAACUCCUCGAGAGAAUACGAGAUAGCGGAUUCACGACCGUUAGAAUGAGUUGUGGUGCACUUGAAAGAGUCUUCAACUGCAUUGGAGCUCUUAAGAAGCAGAACAUACUCUUGAAUGCCAAGAUGACUGCUGUUAUCAACAAUCGCCAAGCAACACCUCCUCGUCACCCUCCGCCUCCAUCAGUACCAGCCCAUAGUUUCCAUCUAUUCAGCAAGUUACCAGUGGAGAUUCGUUGCAUGAUCUGGAACCUCGCACUUUACACCCCUCGAACAAUCAGCGCUGACGUCAUCAUCCCCCGGCCUCUUCUCAGCCCACGAUACACUCAACACCGAACCAACCUCAGACUCGUCUGUCAAGAAGCCAGAGACGAAGCCAAGAAAGCACAAGUCGCACUCAACAAAGUCUGUGUUGGCGGAAAAACUAUCUUUAUCAACCCCGCUGUCGACAUACUCUGGCUCUCAGCAUGGGGGAUCAGCGACGACGAAUGGAUUCUCGUCUUCAAGAUUCUGCACAAAAUACUGGCAUGUAAUCGUCUUCCCAGGAUCGCGGUCAGCCUUGAGCUCUGGGAUCGCCUGAUGUCUGCUGAGAAUACGAGAUCGAGAUUCCUGGACUCUGUUGCUGCGUUUGAAACGAAGGAGAUCAUCAUAGUGAUGGGCAGUAUUUCGGAUUUCGGAUCUCCAAAUUUGCUUUUGAGGGAGCCGCGGGGUAAGCCGAGGACUGUUCUGCAUACAAAUUUCAUCAGUCGGUUCCGGCAGCUCCCUGCCCAUGUUACGUGGGAGGAGCUGAAUGAUACGUUGUUGUUCGAGGUUACGAAUACCAAGCUGCUGCGGGCUGAACUUCGACAGACUAUGAUUUCUGCUGGCGUGAACCCAGACAAUCUGACUUUCGGUGGAAGAUUCAAGGAUACAUCGUAUUGGGACUUCAGAAAGGUUCACUUCAUGGAGGCCACUACAUAUACUGCUAUGAAACGAGAGAAGGAGAGAGUUCCUAUUUGACGCCGAUAUUCGCCAGCUGGGGCAGCGGGACAUAGGAAUGUGGCCUCAUUCGGUCGUGGACCUGAGUGUACGCUUUCGCGAGCGAAACUUCAUUCGUCUCUCACAUUACACAUACCUUGAAAUGCGUUUUCAAAGG